ACCCCUUCAUUAACUUGCAUCUUAUUGCUAUACUAUACAGCCUAUACUAUAAAACAGAUUUAAUAUAACUAUCUCUCGACACAUAUAUAUACUUAGCUUCAGGCAAUGGCCAGAUUUGCAUUUGUCUGUGGAGUGAUUCUUGGAAUGCUGGUGGUGGGAGCCAUGGCGGAUGGGGCCUCUUGGGCGGCGUACCCAAGAAAGCUGUUGCAGGGGAAUACAGGGGAGAUGGGAAGCAUAGCAGAUCCGCCGCUUCCCGGCGGGCCGGGGUCGGAGUCCGGGGAAGAAGAAGCUGAGGCGCCGGAGAGUGUGGCGACGCACCACCACUCGGACAAGUCGGUCGCCGGCGGGGAAGUCAUCAUCGGCGGCCUUGUCACGGCACUCUUUGCUGCGGUUUAUUGUUACAUCCGGGUCACCCGGAGAAGGGUAGAGGGCGAUCAAAGAAGCGUCUAUUAACAAUGUGAGAUGGAAAAUUAAUUAAUGAAAGUAUAAGCUGUACGUGAGUAGUUAUUAUAUUAGGUUAGCCAUGUGCUUCGCAUUAUUGUACCAUUAAAUUUUACAAAAAAAAAUAAUUAGCAUAUGGAGUAAUUUGCAUUUGAAGUGAGCUACUUAUAGAGAGUUAUACCUUAAAAUUGUGUCUCAAAUUGCACAGUAUUGUCAGUAUGAUACUAGGGUAAUGAUUCAUACAAACACAAAAUUGAGGUACAAAUUUUUUUGAUCACACUAGAUAGUACUCCGUAUAUCAUAUUAGUGUAUGU